AUGGAAAAGUCAAAAACUACUUCCCAAACCAGGACUACUGUGUUGCAUAUAGUUCAACCAAAUCAAAAACCGACUACGACAAUGCGAAAAGUAAAGUACGAAAAAGGAAGUAACUAUUCGUGCCAGGUGUGCCAAGCGAGGCCUGGACACUUGCUAAUUGCGUGCCCAGUCUUCAAAGAGAAGACACCUAAGGACCGACAUCAAAUCAUAAAAGAGCUGAACCGCUGUUACUUAUGUUUUAGUGAACAUAGAAUAACUCAAUGUAGUAAUACUAGGGUGUGUUCAGAAUGUGGCGGACGCCACCAUUCGUUGUUACAUUUAAGAACCACGGAGAGUGAAGAGCAACCGGUGACCGCAAACACGACCAUGCUUUCAGCUGCUAAUGAGAGACCUGACCGCUGCCGUGUGCUUUUGUCGACCGUAGCUAUUCUUGUUCAAGAUGUUAAUGGUGAUUACCAAGAGUUUCGAGCUUUGUUAGACGGCGCCAGUGAAAGAAGUUACAUGACGGAAGUUUGUGGAAGGAAACUAGGUUUAGCACGACAGAAAUGUAAUUUAGUGGUUCGAGGGAUGUCUGACGUGCAGGUAGCAUCUAUUAAGUCUCACGUCAAUUUAAACCUGCGUCAUGAAAGAAGUAGUACUCCUGAAAUAAACAUCAAUGCUUAUGUGGUUCCUCGGAUAACAGGGUUAUUACCAUCAAAACGCGUAUGGAAAGCCGAAUGGAAACAUCUAAAGGGACUCGAGUUGGCAGAUCCCAGGUAUGACGAGCCAAUGUCAGUAGACAUUUUACUCGGCGCUGAUGUCGUUCCCUACGCUACUCGAAGUGGUCGUAGAGAAGGUACAGGGACGGAGCCGGUUGGGCUUGAAACUGUGUUUGGAUGGACACUUAUGGGAAACACCGGAACUGCAACAAUAGAGACAGCCAGCACAUUCGUAACUGCAUUGGAGAAGAUUGAUUCAACACUACGUCGUUUUUGGGACAUGGAAGAACUACCAAAAAUCAGCAUCAGACCCCCGAAAACAUAA